CUUGUCUUUCCGUGCGGCUCUCAAACGCAACUCAGGCAUUCCGGUCAUCCACCUCCAGCGCCUGAGCAGAGGCACACCGAGUCCUUACCGGAGACGGGAAUCGCGGGGUAAUCAAGAAGGCAGGCGGUAAACCAUCCCGGGCUAUAACGAUGGAACCGUAAAAAUAAAUACGGAAGGGGGAACAGGCUGGCUGUCACUGCAGAGUGAUAGAGAGACACGGAGAAAGACGAGAGGAGGAGAGAGGAGUCUGCCUCCAUGUCUGCUCCUGUCCCUUCCAGUCGGAGAUCUGCGUCUGGCUCACGCAGAUUCAACCCUCUGACUCCUCUGCAGCCCAAACGCCGCUUGCAGCAAAUGCUGUCGUCGUCCUCCUCGCCCGUACCCGUACCGCUACCCACGCGCCCUGCACGGACAGCUGCCCCAGUCCGCAACAGAGAUCCCCAUGGCAACGCCUCUCUCAGCAGCAGCAGCACUAACUCUGGCUCCUGCAAGGGCAGUGACUGCAGCCCCACCAAGGGGCGUCAUAUGAAGGCAUACACCUCGUGUAAAGAUAACCAUGGCAUCCGCCCCCCUCCCCCAGAGCAGUACCUCACACCCCUGCAGCAGAAAGAGGUGUGUAUCAGACACCUGCGGGCCCGCCUCAAGGAAACCGUCGACAGGCUGCAGGACAGGGACUCUGAGAUCGAUGAGUUGAGGACCCAGUUGUCUCGUAUGCAGGAGGACUGGGUUGAAGAGGAGUGUCACCGCGUGGAGGCCCAGCUGGCUCUGAAGGAGGCACGCAGGGAGAUCCAGCAGCUCAAGGAAGUGGUGGACGUGGUGCGCACCAACCUCAGCUCCAGCGACUCCACGGACACCGGCGUCCAGAAAUACUUCCAGGACAUCAACGUCCAGAACCACAAGCUGGAGACCCUGCUGCUCAGCAUGGAGCUGGCUCAGAAUGGGGUGGCCAAGGAGCAGGAGGCUGCUGCUGCAGCACGAGGAGCGGCAGGGUGGGCUGGGAGGCCUGGGACUGCGGGGUCAUGGCCUGGAAGUAGUCCCGCUGCAUCAGGGACUGGAUGGGGUGGUUCCAAGAGUCUGUGUGGGUCUUGUGACGGCUCCCCCGCCCGCUCUCUGCCCCGUAGCUUCACCUACACCAAGCUGAGCGACCAUGCGCUGACGGAUAAGAACGGGAACAGCGUUUUAGGGGAGGAGAACCAUGACAGUGGCUUUGUGUGCUGUGGGGAGAGUCACAGUGCAGCCAGCACUCAUAGUCACAGUCGCAGUGCAGCCAGCAGUCACAGGGCAGAUCUGCUUCUGGAGGCAGCCUUCCUGUCUGAGGAGACAGCCUCUCUGCUCAGCACCUACUCCCUCCUGCCACACUUCUCCACCUACGACAAGCUGUGCCCCGGGAAAGACAGGGUGGCGCCCCUUCGCUGUGCCAUGGGUGGGGCAGGCAGCGCCAGCCACCCCUGUCUGUCCCAGCACCUUUACCUGCACCACCCCAGGGAGCAGGCCGUCCAGACAGAGAGCUGCCACGUCCCCGGGGGGGUGGGCUACGCCUCUGACCUGGACACCAUUGCAGAGCGCACAUUCCGCUCUCAGGCCUGCAGCCCCACCUCCACCUGGGUCUCAGACGAGGGAGACGACCUGGACUCGGUUACCCCAACAACCCUCACAGCUACAACAGAGCCCGGUCCUGUCCCUCCGUUACCCAGCUCUUCCUGCCUCUCAGUUGAUAUGCCCUCCCUCUCAGUGGAGGAGGAUGGGGAGGCGGUGGGGGAGUUGGAGAGGCAGACAGCGGUAGUGGGGGAGAGUGCCGGGGUGAUGGUAGAGGCAGGCAAGCAGGAGGAGGAUGGGCGAUUGGUACAAUUGUGUGAGCAGGAGGAGGUAAAGGGGUUAGAUGUAGAUAGUCAGAGGGAGGAAGUGGAGGUGAGGAAUCAGGGAGAGUUGGAGGAGGUGUGGUCGGUGGAGGAGGUGAGGUCAGGGGAGGUGAGGUCAGUGGAGGUGGAGGAGGUGAGGUCAGGGGAGGUGGAGGAGGUGAGGUCAGUGGAGGAGGAGGAGGUGAGCUCAGUAGAGGUGGAGGAGGUGAGAUCAGUGGAGGAACGGCCCCACACUUCCCAGCCCAGGAGAAGUUUGUUACAGCAGGAGGAGAUCGCUGGGGUGACGGUGGUAGAGGUUGAUGAUGAUGAAGAUCAGGCUCAGGGAGCAGAAGGGGGAGAAGAGGAGUCUACCUCGUCUGGGUCUGGACCAGCAGUGAAGAGCUACUGGAGCCGCCACUUCCUGGUUGACCUGCUGGCGGUGGCGGUACCCGUGGUGCCCACGGUGGCAUGGCUGUGCCGGGGGCCGCGGGGCGAUGCCCUGCCCAUUUACCACUUCGGCUCCCUGCUACGUGGCUGCUGCACCGUGGCCCUCAGCUCCCUGCGCAGGGCUGGGGGUGUUAGGCACUACCCCGCAGGCACAGGUGGGGGAGCCAUGGGAGGCACAGAGAUCUGAGACGGGCCCCAUGACACCCUGGGAGCUGCACACACACAACCCUGCCCUCUCUGGUCCUGGGUCGUCCUCCACCUGAUGUACUGGGUAAAGGAAUGAGUGGAGGAAUGAUUCUGAAGACAGGACAGCCUCCUAGCAAACCGUAUAACUCUCUCCUUUGAGCCUUGCUCCUGGUGACCUCUUCCACCUCCUCUGCUGGACUGAGAAGAGACACAGGGAUGUGUUGAAGUGACACUGAAUGGUAGAACUGAAUGAUUGAAUGGACACUGAAUGACCUGAGGGUGUGAUUGAUGCUGAUUGUAACUCCUCUCUCUGGUGUGCAGGGAGACUGAACGGUCUGUCAGUCUCUGUGAGUCUCUUCAUUGGUCCAGUUCAAUUUUGACUCGUGGUGUGUAAGUAUAUGUGCACACAAGGUGUGUGUGAGUGUGUUGCGUGUGUGUUCUUCUCUGUUGUGUCGAUGUGUAGCCAAAGCACCUGGAUGUCUGAAGGCAAUCACAGCCAUAGCUGUGCAGUAGUUGGUCUGCUCAUUUUGGAGUGAAUGAUGGGACAUAUGGCCUUUCCCCCCUGAAGGUACCAGGCAGGCUGCUGCUGUACAUUUCUGCUUCCUGUCACUGGUGUCCUAGAUUAACAAUCACUCUUGUAGCAUUCAGUCCAUGUCCACGGUCCAAGAGUUAGUCACUCCAGACCCAUGAACCGGAAACAUCUCAAGAAGGAAUCAUUUAUAGAGAUAAAAGAAUUCAAACAAAGUUUAUUGUUCUGUUAAAAAU